CCCUCUCACCAAAUCACAGCAUAGACUGCCAGACCCACUGUCUCAUAGACUGCAGGCAGGGACAUUACUACACAGCUGGCAACUGCUUGGAAUGUCCGACAGGUUUCUAUUGCCCCGGGGGUCAGGCAGCUCCAAGGAAAUGCCCGCUGGGAACAGCCAAUGAACUUACUGCUCAAGCAGACAUCACAGCCUGCCAGGUUUGUCCUAAUGGCUAUCUCAGCCUAGAGAGUGGAGCUGGGUGUCGUGCGUGUCCAGAUGGCUAUUCGUGUGAUCCACGUAGUGGUGUGCAGAGGAGCUGCGGUCCUGGUCAGUAUUCACCAGAGGGAGAGUUGGAGUGUCAGGAAUGUCCAGAGAGAUACGUCUGCCCAGAUGGACGGAGCAGAGAGCAUUGUUUGGCCGGUCAGCAGCCAAAUCCAAGCCGUACUCAUUGUGUAACCUGCACUCCUGGUUCUUUCUCAACUGAAGACACUCUGCUAUGCCAGCCCUGCCCAGCAGGUCACUUCUGUUCUGAUGGCCUUGCAGUCCCUCCAUGCCCCGCAGGGAGUUUCAAGCCCAAAGAGGGACUUCACACAUCAAGCAGCAGCUCCUCGUGCUUGCCAGGAAUUGGAUUGUGUUUGAAGUGCCCUGCUGGGUAUUUCUGUCCUGCUGGAGCAAGUUAUCCAGUCCCAUGCCAGCCAGGUACAUACAAUCCUCUCCAAGGACAGGACGAAGCCGCUGAUUGCAGAGCCUGCCCAGCAGGGAGAGCUUGUACUCAGGCUGGCUUAGCCCAGCCUGACGCGGAGUGCUUACCAGGGUAUGUGUGCCCAACGGGGUCAUCCAGCCCUCAUUUUCCCAGCAACGCCUGUCCUCCAGGAACAGUUGGCAAUGACUUCAACCUCUUUGACAAGUCUCAGUGUGAAACAUGCCUCGCUGGAUUUGCCUGUAUGAGAGGAACAGGGGGGAAACAGAAGCCUCCCACUCCAUGCCCAGCUGGUCACUACUGCCCACCAGGCACAAAGCACCCAAUGCAGUACAAGUGUGCCCCAGGCACCUGGAGCAAUAGGACAAGCCUGACCUCGGAAGAGGAGUGCUUUCCGUGCCCUGCAGGCUGGUUUUGUGUAGGAGGAGCCCGUACCCCGACUGGGAUGUGCAGCUCAGGGCACUACUGCCCUCAAGGUACAUGGAGAGGCACGCAGUUCCCCUGCCCUGCAGGAACUUACAGUACCAGGCUGGGAAAUGGCAGAGUGGAAGAUUGCGCUGCCUGCCCUGCAGGAGCUUUCUGCACCAGUGGGACCUCCAAGCCAGUUCUAUGCCCAGCAGGAACCUAUCGCAUGGAACAUGGUGCGAAAGUGGCUGCAGACUGCAUCCCUUGUCCUGGAGGGUAUUACUGCCCUGAGCUUGGCACUGUUACUCCUCAAACGUGUGGUGCUGGCAACUUCUCAGACCAAGGUUCAGCCUCCUGCUUGCCAUGUCUUGUUGGACAUUACUGUGCCAGCGAGCACACCAGCCGGGAGGUGAUGCUCCUGGCCAUGAUUUGCCCAGCAGGUCUCCUGUGCCCAGAAGGACAGGCAGUUGUUCCAGAUGCCGGUGCAAAUGCCUGCCCGAGAGGAUACUACUGUCCCCGGGGAGAUACUGACUUGCAUGCUAAGCCUUGCCCCAAUGGGACCUAUGGUGCGCAGAGGGGUCUAAGCAGCGCUGAUGAAUGCUUACCAUGCCCCUCAGGGAAGUACUGCUACAGAGAUGGGAUCGAGCCUUCGGGAAUUCUCCACCCUACUGGAGAUUGCCCACCUGGCUAUAACUGCCCUCCAGGAACUGGAUUCCCUUUCUCCUUCCCCUGUACACCAGGCUUCUUCUGGGAUAAUUCCAGCGUAGAGGGUGAAGACACUUGCAGACCAUGUCCACCUGGGUACUACUGCGACUCUCUUGCCAUGUCAGAGCCCAAAACCUGCCCAGCAGGGUUUUACUGCAUCAAAGGCAGCUCUAAUCCUGAACCCUGUCCAGAGGGUACAUACAAUAACAAGAAGGGGCUGUCUGGACCCUCGGAGUGCAGCCCCUGUGACUGUGGUUUUUACUGUUCUGCUCCGGGACAGACUGGGCCAAGUGGUCCCUGUGAAGCUGGAUUCUACUGCCAGGGCAGGGCCCUGACUCCAUUGCCCACAGAUGGUGUGACAGGAGACGUGUGUCCUGCUGGGGCAUACUGCCCGCCGGGCUCUCCCUUACCUAUCCCCUGUCCUCCAGGGACUUACAGCAACGUGAGUGGGUUGAGAAGCCUCCACGAGUGCUUGGACUGCCCACCGGGCCUGUAUUGUGAUGGGACAAAUAACCAAGCUCCCUCGGGACCGUGUGAACCUGGCUACUUCUGCACAGGAGGUGCCAAAAGUGCUCUUCAGCAAGUGGUGGUGGAGGGGCAUUAUUCCUUAACAGGAGCUUUCAAGCCAGAGCCAUGUCCCCUUGGCAGCUUCCAGCCUGGCCGUGGUCAGUCUCUUUGUAGGGACUGUCCAGAGGGUACAUUCUGCAAUGAGACAGGCAUGGUUGCACCCCAGGAUUGUCCCAGAGGGCAUUUUUGCUUGGCUGGAAGUUUCUUGCCACUCCCAUGUCCAGCGGGAGCUUACACAGAUGUAGUCAGGGCAGGUUCAUGCAAGCCCUGCCCAGCAGGCAUGUACUGCAGCGUGGCUGGUCUGGCUGAGCCAGAAGGACAUUGCCAGCCAGGAUAUUAUUGCACUCAAGGUUCCAGCAGCUCCUCACCUGUGGGGCAUCCAUUUGGAGAUCUUUGCCCACAAGGACAUUAUUGCCCUGCUGGCACGACACACCCAAAAGAGAUGCCGUGCCCUGCUGGCACCUGGAACGGACAGAGAGGAGCACGGGAUGCCACUUGGUGUCUGCCUUGUGCCCCUGGUUUUUUCUGCAAUAUGUCUGGCCAAGAUGCUCCUGUAGGACUUUGUGCACAAGGCUAUUACUGCACAGGAAGUGCAAAGACUGCAAUGCCAGAGGAUGGUAUCACUGGAGAUCUCUGUCCUCGAGGACAUUUCUGCCCUGCAGGCACAGCAGCACCUUCUCCCUGCCCCAGUGGAGAAUACAGUAAUGCAACAGGUCAAGACAAAUGCUUUCCUUGUCCUGCUGGGUUUCACUGUUCAAAAGGACUAAGACGUCGCUGUCCUCCUGGCUUCUAUUGCCCUCAGAAAACUGGAAUCGGUUUUUAUCCUUGUCCCCCUGGAACUUACAACCCCUCCUAUGGGCUCAGCCAGGCUGAGAGGUGUCAACAGUGCCCUGCAGGAAUGUUCUGUGGAGAAUGGGGAUUAUCUUCUCCAAGUGGUCCCUGCUGGCCAGGAUUCUUCUGCUCAGCAGGGUCAAGUGUCCCAAACCCUAAUGGAGCCACAAACAUGAGCACUGGUGGCCCGUGCCCACCCGGACACUUCUGCCCUGCUGGCACAAGUAUCCCACAGCAAUGCCCUGUGGGCACUUACUCAGACAGGCUCUACAACUGGCAGGACUCCAACUGCACAGUGUGUCCAUCUGGCUAUUACUGCAGCUCCGCUGGCCUCACGGCACCCGCGGGACCCUGCUCAGCUGGGUACUACUGCCUGUCUGGGGCUUCCUCACCAUCACCACCUGGUAUGUGGGAGGAAGGAGGCCCUUGUCCUGUGAGCCACUUCUGCCCAGAAGGAACCAGCUUUCCCUUACCCUGCCUUGCAGGGACUUACAACAACCUCACCAGACAAGCUGCGUGCUUCCCUUGUGCUGCAGGCUACUACUGCCCAGAAAAUACCACCAGCUACAGUAUGAAUCCUUGCCCAGCUGGCUUUUACUGCCCCAAAGGAACCAGGUUUGCUACUGAGUUUCCCUGUCCCCGGGGCUACUAUAACCCUGAUCCCAUGACACAGAGCUUGGAUAGCUGCUUGCCCUGUCCACCUGGGCACUACUGUGGGAAGGAGAACUUGACAGCUCCCUCGGGCAAGUGCGAUGCAGGUUGGUUUUGCAUCUCAGCUGCUUGGACCUCGCGGCCUUUUGAUCUGGAUAACUACACCAAUGCCAACUGUCUCUGUCCAGCCACUGCCACUGGAGGGAAGUGCGUAGCUGGUUUCUAUUGCCCUAAAGGAAGCCCGGAGCCUCUUCCUUGCCCUCCAGGGUUCUACUGCAAUGCCUCAGGUCUGUCUGCCCCCAGUGGGGAAUGUACUGCUGGGUUUUACUGUAAAGGUGGAGCGGCUCUCCCUAAACCAACAGAUGGUGUGACUGGGAAUAUCUGCCCUGUGGGGACUUACUGCACUGCAGCAUCAGCAGCACCUGAGCUCUGCCCAGCUGGCACCUUUUCCAGCCUCCUGAGGAGGAGAACGCUUUCUGAGUGCCAGCCUUGCCCCUCUGGCUUCUAUUGUGAGGUGCCUGGCCUCAGUGCCCCAACUGGAGAGUGCUGGGAAGGCUAUUAUUGUGACAGCCAGCAAGGGCCAGUGAUUGACUUUACCCUUUACCCGUGCCCGCGGGGUUUUUACUGCCCACCAGGGACAAAGAGAAGCACUCAGUACAGCUGCCCUGCAGGAACCUUUGGACCAAGGCAAAAACUGAAAACUAUCAAGGAAUGUCAGAGAUGCCCACCAGGAAAAUACUGUGAAUUCUCUGGACUUGCUGCUCCAACAGGAGAUUGUGCUGAGGGAUUUUGGUGCAAGAAUGGUGCCCGAGUAAGAAACCCCCAAGAUGGAGAAUCAGGGCUUCCUUGUCCUCUUGGUCAUUAUUGUCCUGAAGGCGCACCACUUGCAUUACAGUGCCCUCCUGGCACGUGGUCUGGCAGCGAAGGCAGUAGGAGUUUGCAGGAUUGCCAGCCUUGCCCUGGGGGAUAUUACUGCAAUAGCUCUGGGCAGAGGGCCCCCUCAGGACACUGCAGCCCAGGGUACUACUGCGUCACUAGGGCCCAGACCCCAACACCCACUGAUGGUGUCUCAGGAGCUCCGUGUCCAGUCAGUCACUUUUGUCCUCUUGGGUCCGGGAGUCCAGCGCCAUGCCCACCUGGCUCCUAUAUGCCACACGCCGGUGGAGAGAAGUGCCAUGCUUGCCCAGAGGGUGAAUACUGUGUCUCUGGUGAGAAGCCACAGCCAUGUCCCCAGGGAUACUUCUGUCCCGAGGGCACAGCUCUUCCAAUUCCUUGUCCGACAGGGUCCUAUAACCCUUCACAGAAGCAAGCCAGCUGCCUCCCCUGUCCUGAAGGGUUCUUCUGCCCCAAGAAUUCCUCUUCCUUUUUGGAGAAUGAAUGUUCAACUGGCCAUUACUGCCCUACUGGUACUGCUUCUGCAACUCAGUUCCCAUGUCCUAAGGGGACUUACAACCCACAGACUGGAAGCAGCCUGAUGUCUCACUGCACCCCCUGUGACCCAGGGCACUACUGUGCGCUUGCGGGGCAGUCGCAUGUUACAGGACCCUGUUUGGCUGGGUUCUACUGUAGCGGGGGCGUUUCUAGUCCAACACCUAAAGAUGGUCUUCUGGGGAACACGUGCCCGAAGGGAACUUACUGUCCUGUGGGCUCUGCCUUUCCACAGCCAUGUCCUCCUGGUUAUUAUAGCAACUCAGCUGGGAAUACUGGGAUCGAGGACUGUCUCCUAUGUGAUGCAGGGUAUUUCUGCAAUGGGACUGGACUUGUGUCUCCGACUGGAUUAUGUGAGGCUGGAUUCUACUGUAGUGGAGGAGCCACUUCUCCUAAACCUCCCAGGACAACAGUCAGUGGAGGACCAUGUCCACCUGGACAUUAUUGUGUGGUGGGGAGCAGCAGAGCCCAGCCAUGCCCUGCAGGGAGUUAUGGCCCAUCUUGGAGUAUGGCACAGUGUUUGGAGUGCCCAGAAGGCUUUUACUGCACGACUGCUUCCACUAACUACACAGGUUGCCCGGCAGGUCACUAUUGCCCCAGGAAUACCAAAUUUGCCACACAGUAUCCUUGUCCCCCUGGAACCUACAGUGAAGCUUUAAAUAUCUGGGAUGCUUCCAAGUGCCAGCUGUGUCCUCCUGGAAGGGUCUGUUCCAAGCCAGGCCUAGCAAGACCAGAUGGACUGUGCAUGCCUGGAUGGUUUUGUCCUCCUGGAUCCACGUCAAGCAAACCAGUGUUUCCUGGAAAUUACUCUGCAGGCAUGGCAGCUCCAGCUUCUGGAUCUGCUGGGUUGUGUCAACCAGGAACCUUUUGUCCUGCUGGUUCAUUUCUUCCUCUUCCCUGCACUCCAGGUUUGUACUGUGCAACUGCAGAGCUCGCAGCUCCGUCAGGUCCCUGUGAGGCUGGCUUCUACUGCACGGGGGGCUCCACACUCCCAAACCCCGUGGAUGGAGCAGUAGGGAACAUUUGUCCUCAAGGCCACUUUUGUCCUGCAGGGAGUUCUUCUCCAUCUCCAUGUCCCCCAGGUUCCUUUUUGGCUCAUCGUGGUGGCCAGUCAGCACAGGAUUGCCAGGCCUGCUUCCCAGGGUGGUUCUGUUCUCAGCGCGGUCAGAGCUCCCCAGAGGGCUUGUGUAAAGAAGGAUGGUUUUGCCCAGAGGGUUCUGUGUCAGGCCAGCAUUCAGACUAUUUGUGUCCUGUGGGUCACUAUUGCCCCGCUGGCAGCUCAGAGCCCAUACCCUGUCCCUCUGGAAAAUAUCAGGACCAGGCUGGUAAAAGCCAGUGUGAAACAUGCCCAGUAGGAAUGUUCUGUGCCCUAAAAGACCACCCCCGUGAUCUCCAAAAGAACUUCUCACGUGGCGUAGUCAAACCAAUGGAAUGUCCAGCAGGAUAUUACUGCCUGUCGGGAACAAAAGCUGCCAAUCAGUACCCAUGCCCAGAGGGCACCUACAGUAACCAAACUGGACUGGGAAGUCCCAGGGAAUGCAAACCUUGUCCUGGAGGCACAUUUUGUGCCAGUGCAGGGCUCUCGUCCCCAAGUGGUCCUUGUUUGCCUGGGUAUUACUGCACUUCAAAGGCACGUAUACCCAAUCCUGUUAACGAUGAGACGGGCAACCUUUGCCCAGCAGGCUGUUACUGCCCACCAGGUAGCAGCAAGCCAGAGCUAUGUCCCACUGGCACUUUUUUACCUCAGUCUGGGAUGGCUUACCGUAAUGCCUGUCUGCCCUGUCCUGGGGGGAAGUUCUGCCGAGGAGAAGGCCUGGCCAGUGUUUCUGGAGCCUGUUAUGCUGGGUAUUUCUGUGAUCUUGGGGCCACACAGCCAGAUCAUAAGCAUUGUCCCCCUGGAUACUACUGUCCUGAAGGCUCUGAAUCCCCAAUCCCAUGCAGCCCUGGAAGCUUCAACUCUGACAGUGGAAAAUGGCAGUCAACAGACUGUCAGCUCUGCCCAGCUGGAUACUUCUGCAGUGGGCUGGGCAGAACCACUUCUGAAGGACCAUGUUCUGCAGGCUACCACUGCCAACCUGGACAGACCUCAGUUACUCCUGUUCCCUAUCGCUGUCCACGAGGCUUUUACUGCCCUGCAGGAUCUGCUUUUCCUAUACCCUGUGAGAAUGGGACAUAUCAGUCACAGGAGAGGAAGGACUUUUGUGACCUCUGCCCAGCAGGACUCUUCUGUGAACAGCCUAACAAAAGUUCUGGAGCACAUACUCCUGAGCUGUGCCCUGCUGGGUACUUCUGUCUGCCAGGUACCAAGUUCAGUACAGAGCAUCCGUGUCCAAAGGGUACCUUUGGCCCCAGGAUUGGUGCCACUAGUGAGUCUGACUGUGAGCCCUGCCCAGCAGGCAUGUAUUGCUCAGCACCAGGUCUAUCACAGCCUUCUGGAUUUUGCUAUUCAGGUUAUCAUUGUGCCAAGGGAGCCAUCAGCCCAGCCCCCUUCAAACACAGGGUGGAAUCUUCCAGCUUUGGUCUGCCUGGUAAUGACAUCUGUCCUGUAGGGCAUUUCUGUCCCAGUGGUACAGGGAAUCCUGUGCCCUGUCCUCCCGGAUCCUUUUCCACCAUUGCGGGCCUGGAGUCAGAGGAACAGUGCCGGCCCUGCCCAGCCGGACGGUAUUGCAGUGGGGCAGGAUUGUCUGAUCUGGCCCAGACGUCGCUGUGUAACGCAGGGUGUGUUUGCCUGGAAGGAAACUCUGCUCCCUGCCCUUCUGAUGGGAUUCAUGGAUACAGAUGUCCCAGUGGCUUCUACUGUCCCGCAGGCUCUGGGCUAGAAGUGCCCUGUGAGCCUGGCACGUUCAGCCCUGUGCCUGGGGCAGGUGUCUGCCUGCCCUGCCCAGCCGGUAUGGCCUGCAGCAAUGCUGCCACUGUCGAGCCACUCAGCUGUCCCAGAGGUUACUAUUGUCCAGUUCGCACUGCUGUCCCCCUGCCGUGCCCCGAGGGGACGCUGAGCACCUUGGAGGGGGCAGUGGCCCCCACUGCCUGCAAGCUGUGCCCAGUGGGGAGGUACUGCAGAGGAGAUGCUAACUGGGAACCUGACGGUCUGUGUUCAGCUGGGUACUACUGUGAAGGAGGAGCCACUGAUGCCAUUCCGCGUGGGACACCUGCGUUCCCACUCAGUGGGCCCUGCCCACUUGGGCACUACUGUCCAGAGGGUACUCAUUUCCCAGUUGCUUGCCCAGUUGGGACCCUGAACAAUGCCACAGGUGGUACCUCCCCAGAGAGCUGUGUGCCAUGCUAUCCUGGGUCUUUCUGUGCUAGCAUUGGUUUGAGUUCUCCAACAGGACCUUGUGCUGAGGGGUUUUACUGCCCAGCAAACUUCAGCUCCAUCAGCCCCACAGCAUUCCUCUGCCCUAAGGGUCACUUCUGCCGGUCAGGGGCAGCCCACCCAACACCAUGCCCUGCUGGGGAAUACCAGCCGGCCAGGGGCUCUGCGUCCUGUGUUCCGUGCCAGAGAGGAUUCUACUGCCAGGAGCUGGUGGCAGGAGACCCUAAGCGCUGCCCACCACAUUCUUACUGUCCUACAGGUACAUGGGUUCCUCUCAUGUGUCCUGAAGGCACCUUCACUCCUGCAAAUAUGACUGGCCUCUGGAAUGAGAAGGAAUGCCUGCCUUGCUUAACUGGUCACUACUGCAGGCAUGGACGGCUGGAGGGGAAGUGUGCUGCUGGAUACUUCUGCCUUGCUGGCAGCUCUCAGUCUACUCCACAGGGCCACAGCUUUUCCUGGCGCUUCCUGUCUGGGUGCCGCUGGGGUCAGGUGUGUGCAGGGCUGUGUCCUGCAGGUUUCUACUGCCUGGAGGGAUCUGAGGUACCUAUACCAUGUCCUGCCAAUACUAUUAGAGAUGUUCCAGGGGCUGUGAAGAGAGAAGACUGCCUGCCCUGUCCACCAGGCCACUGGUGCAAAGCAGGGGAUUCAGAGGCCUAUCCUUGUCCACCAGGACACUAUUGCUUUGGAGGCAAUGACAGCGACCACAGCAGUCUCCUGGCACCUCAGAAAUGCCCUCCGCAAACUUACCGCAAGCACCCAGGAGCUCAGAGCCUGACAGAUUGCCAGCCAUGUCCUCCGGGCUAUCAGUGCCCUUUAUCAGGUCUGACCAGGUUUGAGGAUUAUCCAUGCCCCCCUGGAUACUGGUGCCCUGGUAGAGGGGACACUUUCCUGUGUCCAGCUGGUACUUCCAGGAUCCAGCCUGGUGCAAAAUCAUUGGAGGAGUGUGAUCCCUGCUCACCUGGAUACUAUUGCCCGGAUCCAGCACCAACAGGGCUGCCUAACACCCAAGGAGUACCUUGUAAACCUGGCUAUGAAUGCCCAGCAGGUUCAGUAAAUCCAAAGCCUUGCAGGCCUGGCUUAUACUGUGGUGCUCACACAGCCGUGCCUUCCGUGUGCCCUGCUGGGUAUUGCUGUCCUGAAGGAUCAUCGACGUACAAUAGCCCUGAGCAGCUGUGUGUGUUUCCCUACUACUGUCCCCCAGGCAGUGCCCAUCCCCUGCCUUGUGAAGGAGGACACAUGGCCCUCAACUUGCCCGGUCCAAGGGAUUCAUUUGAGAAAUUCUGCAGAAUCUGUGAUGCAGGCACCUAUCGUAGUGACUCUCUCAUCACGGCACCCUGUCAGCCCUGCCCAGCAGGCUUCAUCUGCCCGCGAGGCAGCAAGAGUUACCACAAGAAGCCUUGCCCCAGUGGCUAUUACUGCCCUCCUCUGGCAUCUGCCCCCCAGCCCUGUCCCCCGGGGACCCACGGGAGCAGCAGCUUUGCAAAGCAUAUAGAGGAUUGCCAGGCCUGCCCUGCUGGCACCUUCAAUCACCUUCCUGCUCAGGCUGCCUGCUUCCCCUGUGGCAGCUCUUCUUCCUCUCAGCCUGGUGCUACCAGCUGUACCUGCCAUGGGCUGAACCGGGCUUUCCAGCAGUCGGAUGCCUCCUGUAUCUGCCAGGCGGGUUACGUUUACUAUGAUGAGAGAGGCAAGAAAGACCCUGACGGCAACAGCGAUCAGGACUGCCAACCUCAGGUGGAUGAGCUCUGCGCUCCUGGAGAGGUCCGUCUAGCAUCUACGCGCCAGUGUGUUUUUCCUGAGCGAUAUGACUGCUCUCCUUCUUGUGGGCCUGCAGGUGGAGAGAUUAAUGCAGAGCUGGGCAUAUGUCACUGCAAGCAGUAUGUCUCUGCUGAGGAGCUCUGUGACCAACUGUGUUUGCUGAGAGCCCCAUGGAUCUCCUUGGGAUUUGGCAUCAAUAGAGAGCUGCUUCUGAGGAUGAAUGAAGGAGAAGUGAGGAUCGUGCAUCCAGCCAUUACCCUGUUUAUCAGAAGCAGCAUCUAUAUAACAGCAACCCAAGCUGGGAUUUUGGACCCUUCCGAAGGCUAGACCACCUCAUCCAGGAGACUCACCUCAACGUCUCCUGGUUUGCCCAUGUUUUCCUGGAGUCUGGGACAUAUGUUUUCAGGGAUAAGACCAUUCAGGAACACUUCCUGAUUGUGACUGUGAAUGAAGCAAAUGUGGGCUGUGACCCCAGAAAUGUG